AAGAAAAUUCACACCAAGGGAAAAAAAUGGCAGAGAAUGAAGAUCCAGGAACAGGGACAACUACCGGAGCUGAGCGAAAACUGAACGAUCGAAAGUUGUCCUGGACCAAUCUCCACCGUGUGGACUCCCUCAACCUGGAAGCCGGUAGAGUCUCUUCUGCUCCGAACCGCCACGCCUCCCAUGUAGAUUGGGGUAAGACGUUAAGUUUGGCAUUUCAGAGUAUCGGAGUGGUGUAUGGAGACGUCGGAACAUCUCCCCUCUACGUGUUUUCUAGCACUUUUACUGAUGGAAUCAAACAUGAUGAAGACGUUCUUGGGGUUCUCUCCCUCAUCAUCUACACCAUAGUGCUCAUACCCUUCAUCAAGUACACAUUUAUCGUCCUGCGGGCCAACGACAACGGCGAAGGAGGAACGUUCGCCCUGUACUCGUUGUUGAGCCGGUAUGCGAAGAUCAGCUUGGUUCCGAAUCAGCAACCGGAGGACAGUGAGCUCUCCAACUACAGAUUGGAGCUACCGUCGAGGCAGUUGAAACGGGCUUCCAUGAUAAAAAAGGUGCUCGAGAACAGCAAGUUUAUUCAGGUUUUUCUUUUCCUUGUCACCAUCCUCGGGACUUCUAUGGUGAUCGGAGACGGGAUUCUCACCCCAAGCAUCUCAGGUGAGUUUUUAGAUCCAACUGUAUUCUAAAAUUAUUAAAAUAUUUUUCAUAAA